ACGCUCGGUAUUUCAUUCAUUUCAAAUGUUUUUAUGCACGUAAAGAGAGUAAAUGAAGAGAAACGCGACUAAACAUGUCAGAUAAUUUUGUUUUACCAAGUACGUUUAGAUCGUAUCAAGCCGCAAGGCAAACUGAAUUAAGAUCCUCAAUUCCUGACAAUGACAAUUCGCAGGACACGCAAAAACGGAGUGAACCAGCUGAGGAGAUUGCACAACCUGAAACAGCUGUGGUUGCAAAAAAACGUGGCAGACCUUCAAAAAAGUCAUCCGAAAAAAGAGAUUGGGAUGAUGACGAAAUCUUUGUUCUUAUUGAAACUUGGUCGAAUCACUACAACACAAGAAACAGCCAAUAUUUUAAUCGUGGUACACGACAAAAAUCUCUUGAAAAAAUUCAGAAAGAAUUAGCAGACCAAGGUAUUUUUGCUUCAGUGAAAGAUAUUGCAGAUAAACUCACGAAUCUAAAGACAUACUAUGGUGGUCAAAAAAGAUCUGUCGAAUCUUCAAAGGCCAGUAGCGCUGGAGCUGAUGAUGUUGUGGUAAAUUAAAUUCAGAUUGUUCUUUAUAUUGUCUCGUGUAUGUAUACAAAAAUAUUAAAUCAAUUUAAGAAUUGAGUAAUUAUUGACCUAAAAUUUUUGUGUGUAUUUUUUUCAACAAUAUUCCGAAAAAUAAUAUUUUUCGAAAAUUGAUCUGUAAAAUUGUUCCGUGUAUUCGAGCCUUAAGAAUUUUUUUAAAACUUUAAGACUGU